AUGUCUGACGACUACGAUCCAUUGGAGGUCAUCGGCAGGGGCUCUUUCGGUACUGUCCGCAAAGUUCGUCAUAAGGAAUCUGGUCAAAUCUUGGUUCGAAAGGAGAUCGAGUAUGUUCUGAUGAAUAAUCAGGAACGUAACCAGAUCAUCAGUGAGCUUCGAAUAUUGAGAGAACUUGAUCAUGAACAUAUCGUAAAGUACUGGAGACACGACCAUGAUGCUCCUCUCAAAGCGAUCCAUAUAUAUAUGGAAUAUUGUGACGGUGGUGAUUUAGCUGGACUUAUCAAAAAGUUCCGUCAGGAAAAGGAACGGGUUCCCGAGCAGUUUGUGUGGCAAGUUAUGGUGCAAAUGUUGCUGGCUCUACAUCGCUGCCAUUAUGGUCACGAUGCUCCCAAAGUCGAUCUUUUCACCGCAGAGACGAGACGUGCUCCCAGCAUUAACCUGGAAACAGUCAUCAUUCAUCGCGACAUCAAGCCAGAUAACAUCUUUCUAGUAGACCUGAAUAAGCAGGUGAAACUAGGUGAUUUUGGUCUCGCAAAAAUGAUCAACACUACGAAGCAAGAGUUCGCCCAAACAUAUGUUGGUACUCCAUACUAUAUGAGUCCAGAGGUGCUCAUGGAUAACCCGUAUCUGCCAGUGUGUGACGUAUGGCUGCUUGGAUGUGUUCUCUUUGAGUUGUGUACUCUUCAACCACCGUUUCUUGCUCUGAGCCAUUUACAGCUACAAAACAAGAUCAAAGCGGGUAAGAUACCAGAAAUCAACCCUGCUCACUAUCUGGUUCAUCUUCGUCAAAUCAUCCGCGAUUGCAUUACCGUUGACCCAUCCGAGAGACCCCUGGUUCAUGAUCUCCUCAACAAUCUUUCCGUGCAGUUUCUACGCAAGGAAAUCGAUCUCAAGCUCUGGCAGAAAACUCAACUGGACUACCAAAAGCAGCUUUCUAUCAGGGAUGAUGAUUUGCAUAAACGGGAGCAACAGGUCCUUCAACGGGAACAGCAUAUUCAUCAACAAGAGCAGCAAAUGCGCCAGCGAGAGCAGCAACUACGCCAACGGGAGCAACUUCUCGUUGAAUCGCGUGGGCCUUACAACGACCUCCAAAAGCAGCUUAGUCUGAUGGAGCAAGACUUAAUAUGCAAGGACGCUCUUGUCACCAAAGUUGAGGGAAAAUAUCAGGAUAUUGUAAAGCGUUACAACGAUCAACGCCAAGAUUUCGAUGACCAGAUGGCAGCUGUCCAUCGCAAAUUUGCCCAACGCUUAAAGCUUUUGGAAGAGGAAGUCGACAUGAAACGCCGCCAACUCGAUCUGGAAAAUAAGGAACUUCGCCUCAACUAUCAACGAGAAUUUCGAAUGGUGGUAGAGAAGGAGGUAAAUGCUCGACUUAGGGAACUGUUGCACAAACAAGAAUCUCCAGCACUACACACGCCCCCAAUUCAAAUGGGCUCGAAAACCCCUCAGCUGUCACGCCCCAGAGGUCCCCAAAAACUUAAUGAUCGUCUGCCAUUAAAGAUCAACAAUGAAGAAUAUUUUGGUUACAAGACCCCCCUGCCGCGACCUCUGCCAGUUAGAAAACGAAUUACUCCUUAUGAAGGUGGAAAGCCAGCGCAUGCCCGAGUAUGA